CCACCCUCGGACGAGCGAGAGCGCCCGAGGAGGUACCCCGCCGCGCCGGCUCCAGGGGCAGGAGCGGCCUUAACCCUUCCCGCGCCGGGAGGCCCGCUGCUGCCCUUGUGUCCUCCACCCUACCGGCGACCUGGCGCUGCAGGAUCCAGUCCCCCAACCAUCCCCCAUAUUUGUGGUGAAGCAUCGCCGGGGAAAUCACGACCCUUGCCCACAUCCUUCUCUGUGCUGCCGAGAGACAGUUGGGGAAAGGGGAGGAGGAAGCACCUGGCCGCAAGGGGUCCUGAGACAGCAGGCGGCCCGAGGGAGGGCCGGGAGACCGAGCGGAGCCGGGGAGGAGGGACUCCUCGCCUCUACCCCGCCCUCCCCAACUCCCCACCUGGGGCGAGCCUGGAACCCUCCUGCGCGAAACGUCUCGCGGCCCCGUGGUUGGCCCAGCAGAGCCGCCCCCGAUUUUGCGCAGAGGGUGUGGAGUCCUCGUGCGGUCACGGAAGAUCCCGCUGCUCCAACAUAUCAGUCUCUCCUGGUCCCAGGAGGCCCAAGCCAGCAAGGCACACACGCACACCCACUUUUAUUAGCCUUCCCUUGGAUAGGGGUUUGGAUCAACCCUAAUCAAGUGCAGUAUGUGCUUUUAACUGUGUGCGCAAAGUCCGCGUAUCAGUGGGUCCGCCAGGUCUUUGCGCGCCCGCCCGUGGUUUGUGUAACUGUGCGUGUGUGUGUGUGUGUGUGUGCGCGCGCGCGCGCGCGCGUGUGUGAGCUCGCAUCCGUGCUCGGGGCGCAACGCGAGCCAGGGAGCGGGCCGCGAGCGCUGUCAGGCCCGGGACGGCGCUGCUGGGGCGGGCGGGGGGCGGGGGCCGGGGCUCGGCCCGCCCCAGGAGCCAGCCCCUUGGAGCCUCCGGCCCUGCAAAGGGACGUGUUCUCCUUUAAGAGUUAAGAAACUUGAAACCUUGUUUGCGCAACAAUCAGCGCCGCGGAGCCGCCAAAGUGUCUAGACUGGCAUAUGAUGGGAGGCAGCCAAUGACUCCGCGGCGCUCCUCCGGGGGCCCUCAGUGUGCGUUUGAGGAGAACAAAAAAGAGAGAGAGAGAGAGCCGAGCGGGGGAGCGAGCGAGGGAGCCAAGCCGAGAGAAAGAGCCGCCGGGCGCUGCCUCGCCAGACCUCGCAGCGACCGCGAGGCCACCGGGAGGCACUUUUUGUGGAGGGGGGUUGGGGGCGACCUCGGCAGCCGCGGCGCCCGGAGCGACCGAGCGCAGCGUGGGGCAGGCUGCGACCUCUGCCUCGGUGGAUCAUAUUUUAAAUUAAGGGUUCCCAGCAGCUCUUCGGGAUUUUUACAGUUCCACUCAUGUGUUGACACCGCGUUCAGGAGAAACUCGCUCCAAGUGCAUCUAGCGCCUGGGACCUGAGACGGAGUUGGUCUUUCGUGCAUGCAAAUGCAGGGAUUUUGGUUUUGUCUGGGGGUUCUUUUUCUUUUUCCGUUUUGCAGGGAGUAAGAAGGGAACUGAAGGUAACAACAAGCCUGCCUUUCGGGUCUUGCAGGAAAAGCCCAUGUAGUUAAGCGCUUGGGUUUUUGAGGCAGGGCUUUCCAAAGACAUUUGGGGUGUUCGGCGCGAGAGCUUUGUGCUCAUGGACCAGCCGCGCAACUUUUGAAGCUUUGCCGGCCCAUGCGGGAUCUUUCUGGCGGCACGGCGCCUGCAGCCCCCCUAAGGCGCGGGGGCUGGAGUUGCUGAGCAGCCCGGCCGCCGGUGUCCAUGUAGCCGCUGGCCCGGCGCGGACUGCGGCUCGGCGAGCGCGUGUUCCCGGCCGCCCCUGCCUGGCCGUCCCGCCUCGGCGAGCUCCCUCAUGUUGCAGCCCUGCGGCGCCCCUUCGACGACAAGCUGUGCACGGUUUGCACGGCGCCCCGCGGUGGAGCUUCAUGUGGGGCUGCGGCCCGUGCAGCCGGCGCCUCGCUGAGGGAACGGACCCCCGGUAACCGGAGACCGCCUCCCUCCCACCCCCGGCGCCAAAGGAUAUCGUAUGUUCAGGUCCAAACGCUCGGGGCUGGUGCGGCGACUUUGGCGAAGUCGUGUGGUCCCCGACCGGGAGGAAGACGGCGGCAGCGGCGGCGGCGGCGGCGAGGAGGAUGGGAGCUUGGGCAGCCGAGCUGAGCCGGCCCAGCGGGCACGAGAAGGUGGAGGCUGCGGCCGCUCUGAAGUCCGCCCGGUAGCCCCGCGGCGGCCCCGGGACGCGGUGGGACAGCGAGGUGCCCAGGGCGCUGGGAGGCGCCGGCGCUCAGGGGGCCCCCCGAGGCCCAUAUCGGAGCCGGGGGCUAGCGCCUGGGGCUCCCCGCUGGAAGUGGCGGAGUCGGGAGGCCUGGGCUGGCUGCCCGAGAGUGACUGCGAGACGGUGACCUGCUGUCUCUUCUCGGAGCGGGACGCAGCCGGCGCGCCCCGGGAGGCCGCCGACUCCCUGGCCGGGGCUGCCCUGGAGGCGGCGGGCGGCGGGCGGAGUCGCGAAGCCCGCUCGAGGCUGCUGCUGCUGGAGCAGGAGCUCAAGACGGUCACGUACUCGCUGCUGAAGCGGCUCAAGGAGCGCUCGCUGGACACGCUGCUGGAGGCGGUGGAGUCCCGCGGCGGCGUGCCGGGCGGCUGCGUGCUGGUGCCGCGCGCCGACCUCCGCCUGGGCGGCCAGCCCGCGCCGCCGCAGCUGCUGCUCGGCCGCCUCUUCCGCUGGCCCGACCUGCAGCACGCCGUGGAGCUGAAGCCCCUGUGCGGCUGCCACAGCUUCGCCGCCGCCGCCGACGGCCCCACCGUGUGCUGCAAUCCCUACCACUUCAGCCGGCUCUGCGGGCCAGAAUCACCACCACCUCCCUACUCUCGGCUGUCUCCUUGUGACGAGUACAAGCCACUGGAUCUAUCGGAUUCCACAUUGUCUUACACUGAAACGGAGGCCACCAACUCCCUCAUCACUGCUCCAGGCGAAUUAUCAGAUGCCAGCAUGUCUCCCGAUGCCACAAAGCCAAGCCACUGGUGCAGCGUGGCGUACUGGGAGCACCGGACACGAGUGGGCCGCCUCUAUGCGGUGUACGACCAGGCCGUCAGCAUCUUCUAUGACCUACCUCAGGGCAGCGGCUUCUGCCUGGGCCAGCUCAACCUGGAGCAGCGCAGCGAGUCGGUGCAGCGAACGCGCAGCAAGAUUGGCUUUGGCAUCCUGCUCAGCAAGGAGCCUGACGGUGUGUGGGCCUACAACCGGGGCGAGCACCCCAUCUUCGUCAACUCCCCCACGCUGGACGCGCCCGGUGGCCGCGCCCUCGUUGUGCGCAAGGUGCCACCUGGUUACUCCAUCAAGGUGUUCGACUUUGAGCGCUCGGGCCUUCUCCAGCAUGGGCCUGAGCCAGAUGCCGCCGACGGCCCCUAUGACCCCAACAGCGUCCGCAUCAGCUUUGCCAAGGGCUGGGGGCCCUGCUACUCCCGGCAGUUUAUCACCUCCUGUCCCUGCUGGCUCGAGAUCCUCCUCAACAACCACAGAUAGCGGUGGCUGCAGAGGCGAUGGCCCUGUGCCCAGGGCCAGACAUGGAGGGCAGCCACCACUGUGUGCCCACCGCAAGAGGGGCCCGUGCCCAGAGACACAGCUCCCACGGACGAAACCCCCCAAAUAUCAUCUACCUAGAUUUAAUAUAAAGUUUUAUAUAUUAUAUGGAAAUAUAUAUUAUACUUGUAAUUAUGGAGUCAUUUUUACAAUGUAAUUAUUUAUGUAUGGUGCAAUGUGUGUAUAUGGACAAAACAAGAAGACGCACUUUGGCUUAUAAUUCUUUCAAUACAGAUAUAUUUUCUUUCUUUUC